GGCUAACUGCGUCUAAGUCACCUAUCUUCCUCAUCCGACAGCAACACAACUAUCUAGGCGUCACUCAAGGCGUCAAUCAAGCCUCAGUUUUAUCUGCGCCAAUGCCCGAUACCAGCCACGAAGAAGCAUCACCCACUAUCCCACCAUCCAGUCGAAUUAAAAGAAAUACCGCCUGUACGAGCUGCCGGGAUGCCAAGGUGCGCUGUAACCCUAGUCAAAAUCCAAACCAGCCGUGUCAGCGUUGCGCGAAACUUCGCCUAAGCUGCGUCGUGGACAGGACUCACAAAAGAGUGAGCCGGAAAAGUAAAUUAGAUGAACUAGUUCAAGAAAUUCAGUCUAUUAAGCAAAGUGUUAAUGGGCAGGUAACUACAUCGCCAAAUCAGGCAGUUGCAUAUACUCAGCAGAAUGAGACCAUCAUCCCUUUUAAGGACCCUGCUCCUGCACGGCUAGGAGUACCAUCUCCCGUGAGCAUUUCCACCGGAGAAGCGAGAGCUCCUACUAUCGUCACCUCAUCCAAUGCCACUAUUGUUCCUUCUUCAAUUCAUACCCCUGAAACCCCCGUGCCUCCUCAGAUACCCGCAGCCGAGCCCGCACUUCCCAGAGCUCUAGGAUCUCUACCAUUUUCCGGCGAAGAUAUUGAUUACUACUUUCAGAAAUAUUUUGAAUGUUAUCAUCCAUAUAUGCCAAUUGUACGACUCAGGGAUCCAAACAAAUGCUAUGAGUCUGGUCCAUUUUUAUUUUGGACCAUCAUCUACAUAGCGUCACGUCGCUAUGCAAAGAGUCCUACCCUUUUCCCCUUCUUGUUAGAUUCCGUCAGGAAAGAUGCCUUCUCAACCCUAUCUAGUUGGCCCUUAACCCUUCCUUCAAUAAAUGCACUCAUCUUACUUUGCGCAUGGAUCUUUCCAGAUGUACGGUUUGUUAAUGACCCGUGUGCGCUCUUCACCGGCGCUAUAAUGAAUGCGAUCCUGCAAUUAGGGAUUCACUGUGGGAAGGGAAACCAUCCCGAAUACAGCCACGGUGUUUUCCAGAACACCUUCACAGAUGAAGAGGCUGCCUUUACUUGGGCUGGGUAUAACAUAAUCGCCCAACGGGUAUCUUCGUUCUUGGGGCUCCCUGCCAUCGGCGGUCUGUUCAAUCAGACUGUUCAGAAUAUCAUCGACGGCAGGACGCCUUUCCAAGUCCCCUCCACAUUUCGUGUUCUCCUAGAGUGCCAGAAGUUCUGUAAUCAUGUGACUGGGACAAUGGCGGCCUGUCUAGAAGAAUCGCGAGGAGUAUCAGCGCAGAUGGUUCUACUACUUGAAAACGAAUGGAAUGCCGUCCGGGGGCUCAUAUGCUCGGAACGCGCAGACGACCUCGACAGAUUCAACGCGCUCCUAGUCCAACUCGAAAUCCAAACAUACUACAUGAUCCCACUCCCCGGCUACGACCCCGAAGCCCUGAAACGCAACAUCCUACGCACAUACAGCACAGCGCAAGCCGUGAUCCGCUCCGCGCUCGCGCUAGACGCCAGCAUGGACUUCCUGCGCCACCUCCCGCACUUCUACUUCCGCGCCCUCAUGGCCGCGGGCGGCGUCAUCUACCGCGUGCUGCGGUCGUCGUACCUGCCGUUCAUGGACCGCGCGGAGGCGGAGCGGUCGGCCGCCGACGCGGUCGCCGCCUCGCGCCGCGCCCAGGUCGCCGACAACGACCUGCCCACGCGCCUCGGUAACCUGUUCGAGAGCUGGUUGUACCGCCUCGUCCACGGCGCCGGCGUGCCGCAGUCCGCUGAGGAGCCCGUGUCUAGCUUCUCGCAUCGCUUGAGCGCGAGCGUUAUGUAUGAUUGCAUGACGCGUUGGAAGACGGACCAUAUGCCUGGGUGCAGACAUAAGUGCCAGCCCCUGACUACGUGUCCGUGCUUCGGAAGUGGCGCGGCGGCGAACGGGCAGGCGGUGGCGAGUACCGGCGGCGCCGGUGGUACUGGUGCCGGUGCUGGGGCUGGGGCUGGGGCUAGUGCGGGAGGAGCGAGGAGCGAGACGCCGGCGAUGCUGGGGGCUGAUGCGCUAAGGGAUAUCGAUUGGACUUUCAUGGAUGAUUUCGAUUGGAGCUUUGAGCCUGUUAUGCCUGUGCUCACGGCGCCGACGUGAGGGAGCUGUCACGGGAUGGGAUGAGGUAGGCAAACGAUGCGAAGAAGGAAGGCAUUUAUGAUUGAUUUAAGCAAGCGAUUUUAAUAGAUUUACGUGAGCGAUGAGGUAUAUCGUUACGCAUUUUUUGGGAAAGGGGGCUAUAUGAAGGCAUAGAUAGCUAUCUACCUAGGUAGAGCUCAGCUCUAGGUUGAAAUUUAAAAAACGAUAAUUAAUAGAUCUACAUAUACCAAGA